GGCUGGUGCUCAGUCUAGGAGAUAUUGUAGGAUCUGGAACGAGAGCAAGGCAGUGGACCCCCAGCAGGACACGGCCACGCUAAUGCGCUCCACUACGAUCCCUACCCAGCCGCACAACACUCACCGCCUCCGCCUCUUUACCCCACCUCACAACGAAUCCGAGGGGGAGAGCUCUAUCCAGGGUUUCAGUAACCAGCUUGUUAACGACCGAUUGGCUUCGAUCCAGGUUCCGCAGAGGUUCGAGGGACUUUGCGAGGAAGCUAACCAACUCCAGACUCACAUACAACAGCUGCAAGAUUCUCUUUCCACUAUGUUGAGGAUACAGCAAAGAAGUAUUGAGUCGUCUCUCUUCAAUAAGGCUAAUGAAAUUCAAGAGGACAUUUCUAUGAAGAGAUAUGACCUGAAAAAUGCACAGCUUAAUCUUGCAGCAGUGAAAGCAACAAAAGAACUUUUCGGGACAAAACUCGAAUCCGCGGAAGGAACUUCAGGUUCAGAAAGGAAAAUGUCCUCGAGUUCCACCGCUUCUAUGAAGUCUAAAUGGCUGAAAGCUUUUAAAAGUCUUAAAACACCUCCUCCCAAUGGGAAAGAGGUAGAGAAAGAAAAGAGAAACGGCAAAGAACUUAAUAUGAUUUCUGGAGAUAGUGCUCAUCAGUUCCAGGAAUAUACUUAUAAGAAAAUAACUCCUUGUGAUGUCUGUUCUCAAGUUUUAAGAGGCCAUACUCGGCAGGGUCUAAAAUGUCGUUUAUGUAAACUCAAUGUUCAUAUUGAUUGUCAAGAAAGAGUUGGAAAAUGCCAAACAAAAUCAAGAUUACUUCGAAGACAAAAGUCUAGUUCUGAAAUCGAAACAAGAGGUGGAAAUCCUCCUGAGGAUGAAGGUCCAUUGGAUGUAGGCCGACUGAGACCCGGAAGGUCUGUUUCUCCUGGAGGAACCUCUGACAAGGAUAGAGGUAUCUCUUCUCGGUCAGUCACUUUUAGGGAGCCUGAAGACCAAGGAGUCUCUGGAGGUGGAUAUCCAGGUGAUAGCAGUGAUUCUACCUACCAAGUGUUAAAAACUGCAAAUGAGAUAUCUAAUGAACGGAAGCCGAGUCGAAGGCCAACUUCAGGUCCACCGCAACAACCUCACUCAGCUAGUUCAGCCCCACAUUCACCCAGACGACAGAAGCUGAACCUGCGGAUGAAAUCUUUGUCUCUUGAUUCACCUGAAAGUACUGAGCAUACCCAGAGGAGGAGGGCAGUCGCAACACAUUCAGGUCAUGGCUCAGCUCAAGCAAGCAGCCAUUCUUCCUCAUCAAGACUUCAGUCUCCUUCUAGUCCAGUGCACAACCGAAGACUUUUAACAGCAAGGAAUAUGCGUAUGAGUUCUGUGGAAUUACCUGACGAUAAUGAAAAGUCUGUUUCAAGUGCUAGUACUUCUCCUUGUCCAUCCCCUAAACCUCAUCGCCUUCUCCCAACAAAUUUGUAUGUUGUACUGUACAACUUUAAAUCAAGACAUUCUGAUGAACUUGAUCUGAAAGCUGGCUAUAAAGUGACUGUGAUUGAUACAUCUGAUCCUGAUUGGUGGCGAGGAAAAUGCUUAGGACGUGUAGGAUAUUUUCCAAGCCAAUAUGUAGCAAAACUUCAACCUGGAGAAACACCUUUACAGGUGAAGCACAACCUGCAAGUUGGAGAUAAUAUGUUAUUAAGAGAUCAGAUUGUCAUUCAAAUUGGUGAUGAAGUAGAUGGUAUGGUGAUGAUUCGUUGUGGGGACAACCGACAAGGGGUCUGUCCUGUUAAAUAUCUGACAGCAGUGUGACCCGCGUUGUUGUGCGAGUCUUCCUGGUUUGAUAAGUAUCUUCCACUUACAGAAAGGUAUUAUCCAAGCUAUGGGACUCCUUCUACAAAAUCAGCAUUUCUCUCUAGCAUAAGAGAUGACAAUGGAAACUACAUUAAAAUACCUAUUGCAUCAUCUCAUCGGCCUUUGGGCGUUCCUAAUACCCCUCAGCUUGCUCUUAGUCCUUUCACUGUUAGGGGACGACCUAGAGCUAGAAGCAUGAGAAACUUCACUUCCCUCUCUAGACCUCUCCUAAUUGGUUAAAUAAUUAAAAGUUUAAUUCUGAAAGAUUAAAUUUUUAUAUGUUAAAAUGUGUAUGAUGAUCUUAAUAGAUGGUAAUUUAAUUAACAUUUUCUAAGGGAUUUAACUUUAUUUCAUGAAAAUGAAUUUGAUUUUAUACCAUACUAAGAACAAAAACUGUUAUAGGUUGUUUUUGAGUUUUUCAACCCGAC